GACCAGUCCCCCCCUCGACCAUCAGCUGACGCCGUAAACACAACAUCCCGUCCUGCAGUGUGGCAAGUCUCUUUUAACACACGCCUCUGUUUAGUCGCCGGUCCUCUAUCUACACCACAACGCAACAAACACCUUUGAAACCUUGUCAUUCUCAACAUAAACGCGUCUCCAAAUAUUUGUACUCGUGCAGUCAUCGGGAGGAUAAAUAAACCCUUCAUGCAAACUGCACGUACCAUCAAGAAGGAAGCGCUAAGACAGUCUGUCUGUAUUUGCCUGCAUAUAUAACAGCCAUUGGCAAGAGAAAACCUUCAGAGAAACUGCGCGUUCAUAAAGAAGAUAGCUCACUAUAUUACUGAAUUUGGCGCCUGCCUGAUACACUAUCUUGGCAGCCUGCACGACGUGACUAUCUGUAAGCACCAGUAUGCUGGCAGCCUUGAACCUCACCAGGAUGCUCUCCACCCGCUCCUCGGCCGUGACCAGCAAGAAAAUUGAUUUUUUUUAUGAUGUCAUAUCACCAUACACUUGGUUUGCAUUCGAGGUUCUAAUGAGGUACAAGAAACACUGGAAUGUGGAAAUUGAGUUAAAACCCGUGCUUCUUUCUGGCAUUGCUAAAGCAGCAGGCAACACGGCGCCAAUGUUAGUACCUAAUAAAGGUCGCUACAUGGCUAAGGAUUUGCUGCGAUGUGGCACUUACUUCAAUGUUCCUCUGAAGUUGGUUCAGGUAUGUUUUGCUGUCCCACUUAAUUGUAUGUGCUGUAGUAAUUAUUAUAAGAUAUAAAUUAUAAUUUCACAU